AUGCCACAGAAUUCCUCCCACACGCCCCAUACGGUGCCCAUCCGCCACCGAAAACCCAGAUUGAGCUUUCGCGCCUUCUACAUCACCGUCCUGUUCAUAUCUGCUUUUGCGGUAUUCAGCUUCGUCGCCGACCAGAGUGCUAAAUACACUCAUGGCCCGCAAUUCGGACUUGCCCAGCGACAGGAAUUGGAGAGUCGGGAUGUCACCCAACUGUUCAAGAGGGACGAGGAGUGCCGACUCGUUCACCAUGCCGAGGAUAAAUGCGCUUUCAUCAGAGCCAAUUGCCCAGACGAGGAGGCGGGGCUCCUGUCUUACCUCUCCCUCUAUUACUGCGAUCUCAACAAGGCGCAACCAGUUGCCUUUAUAAUUUUAACGCUCUGGCUGGGGCUUCUUUUUACAACCAUUGGGAUAGCAGCCUCCGACUUCUUCUGCAUCAACCUAUCUACAAUUGCAAGCAUUCUUGGGAUGAGCGAAAGUAUGGCAGGGGUUACAUUUUUGGCCUUCGGAAAUGGAAGUCCCGAUGUUUUCUCUACAUUUGCUGCUAUGAGUUCGCAUAGUGGAAGCCUAGCUGUUGGAGAGCUGAUCGGGGCAGCUGGUUUCAUAACUGCUGUUGUUGCGGGGUCAAUGGCACUGGUCCGAGAGUUCAAAGUCGGGAAGAAAACGUUUGUCAGAGAUGUCGGGUUCUUCAUUGUAGCGGCAAGCUUCAGUAUGGUCUUUCUCUCCGAUGGAGUUCUACAACUGUGGGAGUGCUGCGCCAUGAUUGGGUUCUACGUUUUCUAUGUGAUAAUAGUCGUCCUCUGGCAUUGGUAUCUAGGUCGACGCCGGGUGCGUCGCGAGAGAGAAGCAGCUGCUCGUGGCCAUUAUUUGUCUAUGACGAAUGAGGAGAUAGAAGUUACAGAAGAUGGGGAUGAUGAAGAUGCACCUGCAGGACAGGGCCGCUACCACGACACGGAAGAUUUCGGGGCACUGGAGCGUGGAUCAAGUCCAGGUUACGGAUCUCAGGCCGGAGAUGAUAGUGAUGAAGAUGGUGAUGAAGGUAGGCAGCUGGCAGCCGAUAUGGCCAGUAGUAUGCGUAUUACUCGUCCUCGUGGUAAUCGUAGGAACACGAUUACCCCUAUUCGCCCCAGCCUUGUAGGUGCUUUGGAGUUCAGGUCUGUUCUAUCUUCACUUCAAAAAUCCAGAGGUUCAUAUGCUCGACCCAUUCACCUUCGCCGAUAUUCCGACGAUCCGACUGCGCCGAAUACUCAGAGUCAAAAUGGCGGAUCAGAGCCAUACUCCGAUCAUGCUCCAAGCGUUGUGACCUCCCAAGCCGAAGAUUCUGGUAUUUCCCCUCCUCGAGCCGGUUCCUCUACGAGAACCCGAGCAGUUUCCAUGAAUGAUGCUGUAGACGUAAAGCCAACAGACCCCUCAGCAUACACUGUUGCCCAAGUACCAAAUAUCGGUCUUAUGGCGGCCACCCCCACAUUUCCUCGGCAUCUAGAGAUUCCAGGACCAGAAUUAGUCUCAACCUCUUUUGCUGGCCCUAUGCCCCCAUCACCAACAAUCUCACUCUCCCCUCCACCGUCGGUCAAUAGAUCGAGAGAUGUCAGCCCAGCCCCCUCUCAAGAAAGACGAAAGCGAGAUACCCUGGCUCCUCCAGAGGAAGGAUAUCCUGGUGCUCGGCAUCUACGUGUUGACGUACGAAAAGAUCGCCAGCAAAGAGGAGAUCCCGCACAAGACUCUUCCACGAUGAGAUCUGGAGAAUCGCAACGACUUAGCUUGCAGAUUCCGGGGCCCUCAUCCAGAGAUAGUUCUCGUUCCAGAACCAUUUCUCCUGUAGUGCAGUUUCCUCUGUACACAGAUUCGCCUACACCACUCUCAGCCCGCAGCUCCAAAGCCCCUAGUCUCUUACUCCCGGAAGCGACGCUGACCCCUGAAACAUAUGGGAGUCAAGAUAUGGAAUACCAAGAGAGACAGGAGAGACCAAUCAAGUGGUGGCCUUACAGCUUUCUACCAAGCCCGUGCAUAUUAGGCUCUACUUUGUUUCCAACUCUUUGUACCUGGAGAGACAAGUCUAUAUGGGAUAAAUUUGUCAGUGUAGUUUCAGUGCCGAGCAUUUUCCUUCUAGCAAUCACACUACCAGUGGUAGAAUCCGAACCUCGAGAGGACGAAGAUUUGGGCUUGGUGCUCGAUGAGCGCUUGACCCAUACGAGGCAAAGAAGUAGUACAGGGCCGAUGUUAACACCAGAUAGCCCAUCUCUAGAAAUAGAGCCUGAGUGGAUGCGUUAUCGGCAGGCAACGGCCGAGUCCCAGGAGCGUCUUCCUCGAUCGCCACAUAUAUCAAGAAUGAGCGGGCACGACACCGCCACGGUCGCUGUAUUAGCAGAGAAUAACCACCAUCAUUCUCAUCCAACUCCUAUACCCUCAAAACAAGCCUCGGUAGACCCCAUGGAGAUUCCAAGCGAGCGUAUGCCUACGCCUGCCAAAGACUGGAACCGCUGGCUCGUGUCUGUGCAGAUCUUCACGGCUCCUCUGUUUGUAGUGUCAAUUGUUUGGGCUAAUACAUCCGAGCCCACUACCCGUCGUCUUAUUAAUCUCGUCAUGUAUUCCCUCCUUGGCUCCCUCAUCGCAUUUGGCGUUCUCGCCCUUACAACUACGGCGUCCAAGCCGCCAAAAUAUCGCGCCCUGCUCUGUUUCCUAGGCUUUGUUGUCUCCAUCGCCUGGAUUUCAACCAUCGCAAACGAGGUAGUCGGCGUCUUGAAAGCCUUCGGUGUCAUCUUAGGGAUAUCUGACGCAAUCCUAGGCCUCACAAUCUUCGCCGUUGGGAAUUCUCUGGGCGAUCUAGUCGCAGAUAUCACCGUAGCGCGUCUUGGGUAUCCUGUCAUGGCGCUCUCGGCAUGUUUUGGAGGCCCAAUGCUCAAUAUCUUGAUCGGCAUAGGUGUCAGCGGUUUAUACAUGACGAUUAAAGAAUCGAAUGCCCAUCACGCAAAGCACCCGAACAAGGAAAUCAAAUACAAACCCUAUCACAUCGAGGUCAGCAGGACACUGAUGGUCAGUGCUAUCACACUGCUUGUGACUCUCGUGGGGUUGUUGAUUGCGGUGCCGAUGAAUAAAUGGGUCAUGAGUAGACGAAUUGGAUGGGGACUCAUAAUCCUUUGGAGCAUCAGCACCAUGAUCAAUCUCGGGGUGGAAAUUAGUGGCGUCUGGGGAAUUACAGCGUUGACGUUGUGA